AUGUCUCUCGCGCGCCCGUCUCAGGGGUGUGACAGUGCUGAGCGCGCCUCGGCCGGCGACCGGUGGGCUGCGGGGGCGGCCGCGCCGGGCCCCGUCAGCGGCUGUGCCGCCGGCGACUGUCGGGUGUGCGCCCUGUGUGUCCGCGGAACAGAGAGGGAUCCACGACCGGGCGCGGGUCAGACACCGACCGGGGACACCCGCCGGACCACCCGACACACCUCUGCACGACCAGUGGCACGUCAGUCGGCGCUGGUCCCCCUCCUGCUGAUCGCCGCUCUGGUGACCUCAGUGAGCGCCAAACCGGUCAAACGAAGCUGGCGAGACCCGUGUAACCUGGAGGCGGCGGCGGCGGCAGCCUCCGGCGGGAAGGCCACCGCCGAGACCAAACUGCUCGACCAAAUCAUCAGCGUCAUCGACGUCAUCCGACCUAAGGUCAACCGGCUAAUGAACAAAUUCCUGGAGCAGACGUACCCGGCCAAGGACGAAGCGGAGAUGCUGCGCGACUGGGGCCAGCACAACGUCACCUGGCUCGAGUUUGUUCGGGAGACGAUGGCGGCGCACGCGGCGCAGCAGUCGCCGCUGUCGGCGGCCGGCGCGCUGCCGCGCCUGUUCGCCGACCUGCAGCGGCUGGCCGUCGGUCUGGAGCGAGCUGCGCUGGAGGCGGCGCUCACCGGCAACGGCAGCGGCCUGGAGCUGUUCCGCGCCGUCCAGGCCGGACUCAUGCAGCUGCUGUGUGAGCUGCAGCUGGCGCUCCUCGAGAAGCAGCUGGAGGCGGACGCGGCGCGCGUCACCGACAUCCUCGAGCACGACGGACCAGACCUGGACGAGACGCGCGAGAGGGACCUGCGCAACUGGGUGCUCAUGCGCGAGUACAAGGCUUACAUCGGGCACGUGCACACGGUGGUGCGCGCACUUCGAGAACAGUCGGCGGCCGACUAGCGGCGACGGCCGGGGGCCCGGCGGGGGCCGAGGAGUGGUGACGCCGCUCUCCGGCGACCGCAGCGGCGCGCCGGCACCCCGGCCGCGCCGCAGCACUGGGCAUUAGACGAGCCAAUGAACGACGGCGCCCGUCGGACGUCGACAAGGCCAGGGGCCCCGGCGGAGCGGCCAAAACCGCCCUCUACGGAAUGUCAAGGCGUCAAAAGCCGCCGGCCUGAUGGUAACGGCCUCAUCACGAGUCCGGCCGGAUUUAUCGGUGUUCAGCAAACACCUUGCCUGGGAGGACCUUAGUCGCUAAGGCGCUUUUCACGGCAGUGAGACACGUGCCAUCAAACUAUUGCAAUGUGUUUGUCACUCUUCUGUGACCACAUCAAGCAAGGGAAGUUGAGCGCAGAGUCCGACGCGCUACAUGAUUAUGUACCUGAUUGAACUGUGUCAUGCAGCUGUUUGCAGCUGCUAACUAGUAAGUAACGUUGGCUGACUAAACGCUGACCGUUUCCAGCAAGCUCGAUUACUUUCGGUGUUUGGUUUACGGCAAUACCGGCUACACAGCGCGUGCUUCAUGUCUAUCGGAGGGAGAAAAAUGUUAUUUUUCUAGAUUCAAGCGAUAGCACCCACGGAGAAGACAGCCCAAAAUUGUCCACAUAAGGGACGUGGGUGGCGCUUGAAUUUAACAGGCGCAAUUCAACCAUAUUUGCGUCUGAAGCGAUAAUUGCAGAUUGUUUCAAUGGCGACAUGUCAUCGAGAUCUGUGUUCAUUUUAUACGACUCGCGAGGCAGUUGCGGCUUCCCUGACAAGCUGUGAAUGUCGGUACGAAACACUAGCACGCCGAAAUCUUGACAGUGAGCUGUGAGCGAUCAUACCGUUCAGCCACUGUGCAUUCCUAAAUAUGUGAUACUUGCGUA